AUGACUUUUAAUAUAAUAAAGCACAAAACUUUGAUUAGCUUUCUACGCAGAAACAUUUUUUCACUCUUUAGUCGUCGCUGAUUUGUUUGCGUUGGUUGAUCCGAUGGAAAACGCCGGUAAAGCUACGUCACUCCAAUCGUCCCGUGAUUUAUUCCACCGGUUGAUGAGCGAGAAUUCUUCUGGUGGUUGGGAGAAGAGUUGGGAAGCAGGAGCAACUCCAUGGGACUUAGGAAAACCAACUCCGGUUAUUGCGCAUCUCGUCGAGACUGGUUCUUUGCCUAAUGGCAGAGCUCUAGUUCCUGGUUGUGGAACUGGUUAUGAUGUGGUGGCAAUGGCCUCCCCUGAUCGUCAUGUUGUUGGAUUGGAUAUAUCUAAAACUGCGGUUGAGCGAUCAACAAAGAAGUUUUCUACAUUGCCAAAUGCAAAAUACUUCUCCUUCUUGAGUGAAGACUUUUUCACUUGGGAGCCAGCUGAAAAAUUCGAUCUCAUUUUCGAUUAUACCUUCUUCUGUGCCUUUGAACCGGGCGUGAGACCUCUAUGGGCACAACGAAUGGAAAAACUUCUGAAACCUGGUGGAGAGCUUAUAACAUUGAUGUUUCCUAUUGAUGAACGUUCUGGAGGUCCUCCUUAUGAAGUAUCUGUGUCUGAAUACGAGAAGGUUCUGAUUCCACUGGGGUUUGAGGCAAUCUCCAUUGUUGAUAACGAACUUGCUGUAGGACCACGCAAGGGAAUGGAGAAGCUUGGAAGAUGGAAGAAAUCUUCCACAUUUCACUCCACCUUGUGAUUUGUGAUAGAUACUCAUAUGCUUAUAUCUGGAUGUUUUGUGAAUUUGUCACUGAGAAAUUAAACUUGUAGGGCAUAUUGAAAGAGAUGGGAAUCUGAAAAAGUAUUUGUAAACACAUGUGAUGAUAUUCAACGUUUCUCCUUAUAAUCAAAGGCAAAAUUAUAGUUUGCUACUUUGCUUUGUGUUCACCAGAUGGUUGUGUUUUUUUUAGGUUUGAUUAAUCUUUUUUUGGGUUCUUAAUUGUCCAGAAUGUUGAAUAAGUCUUGAUGACUUUUUCCCUGAUCCAGUGCAUCUACUCUUUUAGAUUUUAUUGCUUUGAAACAUAUUUCUACGUCGUAGUAAAUUCUAAAGCAGAACUGGUUAUAUAUAAUAUGCCAAGUUUGGUUAUAGAACUCAGCAAAGAAGCAAUACAUC